GGACAAUGGCAAAACCCCCAAGUAUUCAAUGACCGACAUGGACAAACACCACUUCAAGACUGUCGGAGAGAUAUUGGCAGUGAGCAUUGCUCAAGGUGGACCACCCCCAAAUUUCUUCAUGGACUGGUGUUACAACUACAUGUCCACUGGAGAACUGGACCAGGAAGCGAUCACUGAGAUGGCUGUUACAGACCCAGAACUCAUUGAUUUAAUACAAGAGAUUCGGGCAGCUGACAACACAUCCCUGAUGGAGUGCACAGACAGGAUUUUGUCAUGUGGAUAUACAGGGCCAGUAUCCAUUGAAAAAAGGGAAGAUAUUUUGCGAUCUAUUGUCCUAUACUCAACAGUGAGGUUACUUCCUAUGCUCCAGCAAAUCUGCUCAGGUAUGAAGCUGUAUGGCCUCCUCAGCUUGGUCCAGAAAGAAAAGGACAUCUGCAGACAGCUCUUUGUACUUGGAUCGUUUAGCAAGGUGGAUGCUGAUUUCUUGGUGAAGUCACUAUCACCUGUCUUCAGUGAGAAGGGUACAAUGAGGCGUCAGAGAGAGUGCAGAGUAGUCAAUUUUCUGCAGGACUUCAUACAGGACAUGGAGGACGAAGAAGACGGAAUCAACACGGUCUUACCUGAAAGCGUUGCCGAGGAUGAAGGUGACAAGGAAGUGCUAAUUAACGUGGGCAAGUUCUGUCAGUGGCUGACAGGGCAAGCACACAUACCCCUCAGUCACGCAGACCGGGAGGGUUUCAGUAUUACAAUAGAAUUUGAUCAUGAUUGUCAGGUGCGUUUUGGGACACAUAGCAUCUGUUACCCAAUUGUGAAUGCCUGCUCGUGCUCCGUAACAUUUCCUGUAGCCCAUCUCACCACACAGGAGGAGUUCAGAAGGGUUAUUGCUCAAGCUAUAACAUAUGGCUAUGACUUUGGCCGCAGCUGAAUAACUGUUGAAUGAUACUGAAGUCCAGAUUGAAGACAUGUUUUAGUAGUAAUAAUUGAAAUUUGUCUGAUUGUCAAAUUGAACAUUUUGUAUUGGCAUUGUCUUUCCAGUCAGAGCUUUUGACUGAGUGCCAAGUAACUAUCCCGUUGAAUUUUUUUUGCCAUCAGUUCUGUCACAAUGUGUUUGGCAUGGAAAUAUUUAUUUCCAACAGAAUGCAGUUUUCUGUUAUUUUCAAUGUUUAAAUGAUGUGAUGCUAGUUAUCAGAAGAAUGCUGACACUGACUGAAAAUAAAAGUAAUCACGGUGAGUGUAAAUGGUUA